AUGCUUGCUUCUGGCCAGGCCGAGGGCUCUCAGCCAGGACACGUGGAUUCCCACCCACCAAGCCUCAUGGAGGCUGUGACAUUUGGUGAUGUGGCCGUGCACUUCUCGCGGGAGGAAUGGCAGUGUCUGGACCCCGGCCAGAGGGCUCUCUACAAGGAGGUGAUGCUUGAGAACCACAGCAGUGUGGCUGGACUAGGAUUCCUGGUCUUCAAGCCUGAGCUGAUCUCCCGGCUAGAACAGGGACAGGAGCCAUGGGUCCUCGACCUGCAAGGAGCAGAGGGGAGAGAGGCAGCCAGGACCACCCUGACAGAUUCUACAGUUGGGACUGACGGUGAGCAGGCCUGUGAGGACUCGGACAGUCUUAAAUCGGAAUCCAGGGGGGUCAUGGUCAAAACCUUGCCCCGGGACUUUCCCCAGAGUCCUGGCUUUGGAGAUACCUCAGAUCCUGAAGUCUGUUCACAGACACAGCCAAGCUCCCUCUUCCAUAAAAACUUCCUGAACACGGGGACCACGGCUCCCAGGAAGGCCUUCGCCGAGGACGAGUUCCAGGGUCAUGGUGAGCGGGGGAGCAGUGGCCGCCUGGGUUGUCAGCCUGAUCAAAGUCAGGGGUCCUUCCGAAGGUGUGAUGUAUGUGGCAGGAGCUUGCGAUCUCCUUCAGAUGUUGCUCUGCACCAGGAAAUGAAUACCCAGCAGAAACCCAACAGAUGCCAAGAGUGCCAAAAAAAGUUAUCUGAUUGCUUUCAGGGGAGACAGCCGAGUACCUUGUCUGGAGAGAAACCGUAUGAAUGUAGAGAGUGUGGGAAGGUCUUCAGGUUGUGCUCACAGCUUACUCAGCAUCAGAGGAUCCACACUGGAGAGAAGCCGUUUAAGUGCACCGACUGUGGGAAGGCCUUUCGCCUGAGCUCAAAACUUAUUCAGCAUCAAAGGAUUCACACUGGGGAGAAGCCCUACAGGUGCGAAGAAUGUGGAAAAGCCUUUGGGCAGAGCUCCAGCCUCAUCCAUCAUCAGAGGGUCCACACGGGAGAGAGGCCCUAUGGCUGCCGGGAGUGCGGGAAGGCCUUCAGCCAGCAGUCUCAGCUGGCCAGGCACCAGAGGACCCACACGGGAGAGCGGCCCUACCCGUGCCCAGAGUGCGGCAAGGCCUUCAGCCAGAGCUCAACCCUAGCUCAGCACCAGCGGGUGCACGCUGGGGAGAAGGUUGAACUCCCGAGGACCCCGGAGAGCCCCAGCCUGGGUGCACGUCAGAGGAUGCAUGCUCCCGAGAAGCCAUUUAAGUGUGACGAGUGUGGGAAGGCUUUCCGGUGGGUCUCCCGCCUGAGUCAGCAUCGACUGACACACACUGGAGAGAAACCUUAUAAAUGCAACAAGUGUUCGAAAGCCUUUGGUUGCAGCUCACGACUUAUUCGCCACCAGAGAACUCACACUGGAGAAAAACCGUUUAAGUGUGAUGAGUGUGGGAAAGGCUUUGUCCAGGGCUCACACCUCAUUCAGCAUCAGAGGAUUCACACCGGGGAGAAGCCUUACGAGUGCAGUGACUGCGGGAAGGCCUUCAGCCAGAGCUCGAGCCUCAUUUACCAUCAGAGGAUCCACAAGGGGGAGAAGCCCUACGAGUGCCUCGAAUGUGGAAAAGCCUUCAGCAUGAGCACACAGCUCACGAUACACCAGAGGGUGCACACGGGUGAGAGGCCGUACAAGUGCAGCGAGUGUGGGAAGGCCUUCAGCCAGAAUUCCACCCUUUUUCAGCACCAGAUUAUUCAUGCUGGGGUGAAGCCCUACGGGUGCAGCGAGUGUGGGAAGGCCUUCAGCCGGAGUUCAUACCUGAUCGAGCACCAGCGGAUCCACACACGUGCCCAGUGGUGCCGUGAGUACGGGGGCACCCUGGAGGCUUCCACCCACGCGAGUCGGAGGAGAGUUAAUACUGUAAAGAAACUUCACAAAUGUAAUGAAUGUGAGAAAAUAUUCAGAUGGCGGUCACAUCUCAUUAUCCACCAGAGAAUUCACACUGGAGAGAAACCUUACAAAUGUAAUGAAUGUGGCAAAGCUUUUAAUAGGAGCUCAAGGCUUACUCAGCAUCAGAAAAUUCACAUGGGCUAG